CAGUAAAGGUGCUGAACACUGUGUUCAUUCUCAGGGUUCAGAGAUGGGCAGUGAGAAGGAGCCGAGGCCAGAAGCACACCUGCCUGAGGAAGGGGAAGGGCGGAGGCCUUGGAGAGUGGAUGGCUCCGAGAGUUCUCAGAUCACAUCUGGGGAGGGACAUGGCCAGGAGAGCCUGUCGCAGGGGCUCCAAGGGACACAUCCAGAAAAGCCAUGGCUGAAAGUCCCUGCCCAGGCUGGAGGCCCUGGGGACCCCGUUACAUUUUCGAGCCCGGAGGCAGAUGGGAAGCCUUUCAUAUGUGUGCAGUGUGGCAAAACCUUCCACAAUACCUCCAACCUCAGAACACACCAGCGGAUCCACACUGGCGAGAAGCCAUACAAGUGUUCAGAGUGUGGCAAGAGCUUCUCCCGAAGCUCCAACCGCAUCCGGCAUGAGCGGAUCCACCUGGAAGAGAAGCAGUACCAGUGUGCCAAGUGCCAGGAGAGUUUCCGGCGACGCUCGGACCUCACCACACACCAGCAAGAUCACCUGGGCGAGCGGCCACACCGCUGUGACAUUUGUGGCAAGAGCUUCAGUCAGAGCGCCACACUGGCCGUACAUCGCCGAACCCACUUGGAGCCAGCACCUUACAUCUGCUGUGAGUGCGGGAAGAGCUUCAGCAACAGCUCCAGCUUCGGGGUGCACCACCGCACCCACACUGGAGAGAGGCCUUAUGAGUGCACUGAGUGUGGGCGGACUUUCAGCGAUAUCUCCAACUUCGGCGCACACCAGAGAACGCACCGAGGGGAGAAGCCGUACCGGUGCACCCUGUGCGGGGAACACUUCUCCCGGAGCUCCAACCUCAUCCGCCACCAGAAAACACACUUGGGGGAGCAGGAUGAGAAAGAUUCUAGCUAAAGGAGAGCCCUGCUUAGGGAGGGAGGGAGAGCAUACAGCCCACCUCGAUGGGACAGUGAGGCCUUUAGCACCUGCUGUGGCCGCCUGGACUACAGCCCUUCACUCUGUGGGGCUGUCCCUUGUUGCCUUUGAAGUCAGGAAACCCU